AUUUCACGUCCUUUCAAGUUCACGACUGUUUAGCAGCGUGAUUAAAAAUAAUAUUUAUCCGUAUUCAUCGGGUAAUAUAUCGCUUAUAAACAGCGUUAAUUUAUUAAAAACGCCUUAAAUAUGCCGCCAAAGUUCGAUCCUACAGAAGUUAAAUUCGUUUACCUUCGUUGUGUCGGUGGUGAAGUCGGUGCUACAUCGUCUUUGGCCCCAAAAAUCGGUCCAUUAGGUCUCUCUCCAAAAAAAAUUGGUGAUGAUAUCGCUAAAGGAACCGCUGAUUGGAAAGGGCUUAAAAUCACUGUUCAAUUAAAAAUUCAAAACAGACAAGCCACAAUUUCUGUUGUACCGUCUGCGGCUUCCUUAAUUAUUAAAGCUUUGAAGGAACCACCACGAGAUAGAAAGAAGCAAAAAAAUAUUAAACACAGUGGAAAUGUUACUAUGGAAGAUAUAAUUGCAAUUGCUAAGCAAAUGAGACCACGUUCCAUGGCGAGAUCAUUAAGUGGAACUUGCAAAGAAGUUUUAGGUACUGCUCAAUCUGUUGGUUGUACCAUUGAUGGUAAAAAUCCACAUGACGUUAUAGAUGAAAUUAAUGAGGGUACUAUUGAAGUACCUAAUGAAUAAGUUUUUUUGGAAAUAAAUUUUUAAGUUCUAUAUGUA